CCGGUAACAGUUCGCCGGAUUUUUCAGUCGUUUGCUAUCAGUCGUUUGGUGUAGUCGCACUGCUCCUCUCCAGCAAGAUCGCCAGCCACAGAAAGUUUGUUUGAACCAAAACAAAAAGAAAAAUAAAUUCAAUUUUGAAUUUCAACAAUUUUGCCGAUAAAGCUUUAUCUCUUGAAUUUCUCUCUCAACUUUAUCGCCCAAUAAGAGAACUUUUAUCAUCAUCAUGAACACCGACGAAGUCCUGGAAAUCAAGAGAACGUGGGACAUCCCCGCAGCCAAUCCCACGGAAUCUGGAUCAGCCAUCUUAAUGUUAUUCUUUAAAAGAUAUCCGUCCAAUUUACAAAAGUUCUCAGCGUUUAAGGAUCUGCCACUAGAUGAAUUAAGUACCAAUGCCCGCUUCAGAGCCCAUGCUAGUCGAAUUAUCAAGGUCUUCGAUGAGUCGAUACAAAUGUUGGGACACGAUUGGGCGGGGCCUAAAUUGGAGGAGACCUGGUCGAAAAUUGCCACAUCGCAUUUCAAUCGGCAAAUCGAGAAGAAGUCAUUUAAUGAAUUGAAGGAAGUCAUCCUUGAAGUUCUGACGGCGGCCUGUAAUUUAAAUGAGAAACAAAUUCAAGCCUGGACAAAACUAAUGGACACCGUCUAUAGCAUCAUCUUCAACAGUUUGGAUAAAUUGGAGAAGGGCGAACAAUAAAACUUAAGGAACAGAUGGAAUUGAAACACAAAACCAAUUUAUUGGGUGUUGGGAGAAAAAGGAAUACAAAAUUUCAAAAUUUGUUAAAAGUAAAAUAAGAAACUAAUUGUCAUUUAAAAAAAAAAAAUCGAUGGAAAAAUAUUUCCAAAAAAUUAAAACGACACCCCUGUACCGGGGUGUAACUAAGUAGCUAGCUUUGAUAUCCAGUCAUUGUUUUUUUUUUUGGUAAAAGCUUUUCCUUUUCUCCCUUCCUAAUCUUUGGUACAAUAAACAAAAGCUUUAUGGAAAAUAAAAAAAAAAAAACGGAAAUAUAUUGGUGUUGGGUAUAUAUUUUUUGUUAAAUGUCAGAUUUUAUUGGGUAUAGCAGAGCAAAAAAAUGGAUGUUAGAAGAUUUUUGAGAUUGAGAAAUAACAAAACACUUAAUUUUAACUAUAGAUGACCUUUUAAUAGAAAAGAAACCUUUAGCCCACCUUUGUGAAAUGAAAAAAUAACAACAAAAACCAUUUAGAUUUAAUAUUGCAAUAAAAUGAAAUGAAGAGGGAUUUUGAGAUAAUCUAACAGUGGCUCCAAAAGAAUUUUAUUAAAAAAAUUAAAAUAAAAAAAAUAAAUAAAA